AUGGACCCCGGGCUAUCCAACCAGCGCUUUUCCGCUUCGACUCCAACACCUGCAGCGACCGCGACCGGAACCCGUCCUCGACUCGCUUCGUCGCAUGCCAUGCGGCCGCCGCUGUACGACCCGAACGCUACAAUCGUGCUCAUUGGCAUGCGCGGCGUCGGCAAGACGACCCUCGGCCUCAUUGCAGCGACCUCUCUCCGCCGGUCCUUCAUUGACGCCGACUCAGCCUUCCAAACCCUCCACGGACCCAUCUCGCAAUUCGUCACGACUCACGGCUGGUCCGCCUUCCGGGACGCCGAGACAGUUAUCCUGAAGCGGCUGUUGGAGGAGCAUCCGCGAGGCUACGUGAUUGCGUGCGGAGGAGGGGUCGUCGAGAGGGAGGAGAAUCGGAAUUUGCUGCAGCGGUUCAGGGAGGGUGGUGGGCCGAUUGUGCAUGUUGUGCGGGACAAGGAGGAAACGGUGCGGUACUUGGUCGACGAGCAAGCGAGACCUUCCUGGGGCGAGGAGAUCCGCUCUGUUUGGGCCCGCCGAACGCCCUACUUCGAGUCCCUCUGCACGCACACCAUCGUCUCCCUGACCGCCUACCCGCCCCCACCCUCGCCACAAUUCCUCAUGAAGCACGUCGAAACCGCCUUCGUCCGCCUCCUCCGCUCCAUCUUCGGGUUCGCCUCGUCGCACGUCCCGCUCGUCGCUGGUCCGCGUCCUUCGCCCGUCACUGGGCCGAGUUCAGGCGAGUACGGAGGGUACGGAGCGUGCGAGUCUGAGUUGGGUCGAGGAGCGAAGGGCUCGAGAACGAGUUUCGUCGCGCUCAACUUUCCCGACUUGCGGGUCGUCAGUGCAGAGACGAUUCGGAAAGUCGCGGGCGGCGUUGACGUGAUCGAGAUGCGAGUCGACACGCUCGUCGAAGUCGAGACGGUCCCUCCCUUCUCCCGCCUCGGGUCGCCUGCGAACGGCGAUGGUUCAGCCGCUCCAACACCUCGACGCCGCCGCUAUCCAUCUCCCCACUUCGUCGCCAUCUGUUUCGGCCACCUCAGACGCUGCUCGCCCCUCCCGGUCCUCUACACCGUCCGGACCGAAAAACAAGGCGGCGCCUUCCCCGACCCAUACACCGACAAUCCCGACCUCUUCACCGACUACCUCGCGCUCGUCGAGCUCGGAUUCAAGCUUGGCGCGGAAUAUGUCGACCUUGAACUUGCGCUUCCGGACGAGGAGAUCCAGCGGUUCCUUGCGCUGCGAGGAGCGGCGACGCAAGUCCUUGGAGCGGAUCAUGACAGGAAGGGAGAGUGGAGGUGGAAUUCGCAGGAGGUGCUGGACAAGUACCUUCGCGCGACUCGACUCGGUUGCGACGUGAUCAAGCUCGUCUCGACGCCUACGACAUUCAACUCCAACCUCGAGCUGCUCAAGUUUCGCGCGAAGGUCGACGCACUCAUUUCGGAGGAGACGGGCGCGGAUCGGCCUGUCCCGCUCCUCGCCAUCAACCUCGGCAAGGGGGGCCAGAUCUCACGCUAUCUCAAUCCGGUUCUCACGCCCGUCACGCACCCUCUCCUCCCCGGCGUCGCAGCGCCAGGCCAACUCACCUUCGCGCAAACUCAACAAGCGCUCUACCUCUCCGGUCUUACGCUCGAGAAGACCUUCUUCGUCUCGUCCGCCUCGGUCGCAGAGACGUUCUCACGCGAGGCGCACACCCUCGGCCUCCCUUACAACUUCCUCGUCGAAGACCGGCUGUCAAUGCGCGUGUCCGAACCAAACUUUGGCGGCGCCUACCUCGGCGCACCGUCGUCCCCUCUCCCCGUCUCGUCCAUCUCAGCACCCGACGAGGUCCUCCUGCCCGCCGCGUCGACUGGCUGGGCAGACCUCUGCGUCCCAGCCUGCAGCGAGCCAAACUCGUACGACGUCCCGCCCACCUCGCUCGGCUACUACAAGCACACGAACGUCCGCGUACUCGCUCUCGCCGAGGUCAUCACGCAGCACCUCUCGCCUAUCAACGCAGUCGGGACGCACACGUGUGCUUUGCUUGUCGGACUUGCGAAGAAGGAUCGGAGCGAGGUGGUCGAGGCGUUGAGGAUGGUCGGUGCGCGGUGGGUGUUUUUGCUGGCGUGCGAGGCAGACGAAGGGGAUGCAGCGGGCAGUAGCGCAGCGACGCCCUCUCGCCCAGCUUCGCCUCGCUCGCCUUCCCGGCCGUCCACUCCGUCUGGUGCGCACCCGCCGACAUCCUCCCUUCCGUACCCUCAGCACGCUCCCCUCCAGCUCCUCCCAAUCCCCUCAUUCUCCGCCCCUCUCCUCUACUCCAAACGCCCCCCAACAAUCAUCGUCUCAUCCGACGACCUCCUCGUCCCCCGCACCUCCGCCUCACCCGCCUCUUCUCCCAGCCCCUUCCCCGAAAGCCUCUUCUCCUCGCCAACAGGCGGAUGCGCACUCGACCUCUCCUUUACUACUGGUACGCGGCGCGGGUUGCUCGCGAAUGCUAUUGAGGCGAAAAGGGCGAGGGCCAGAGGCGCGCAGGUGAAUGGGAAGACGGGGCAUGUGGUUGUGGAUGGGUGGCAGGUGUUGGGCGUCAAGGACGUGCAGAGCGAGUGUGAGAGACAGGCUUUCCGGGCGUUGACGGGCAGGAGGAUGGGCUGA